AUGGCCACUACUCAGACAUUACCCGCAUUUGAUCAUACCUCGAGCUUGGACUCGGGGAAUCCGUCACGCAGAAAAUCGCGACAGAAUGCAGCUACUGGUGCCUCUGCUGCGGGGGUGCGUGCUCUUAGUGCACAAUUGGUUGCAUUCUACUUCAGAGCACCUAUCAAGGCAUUUUUUCGCACCCGAGUUGAUUAUAUGGCCUUCGCUAGAGCUGUAAAUCCUCAUUCUGCAAAAACCGGUUGGUCUCUGCACACAACUACUCCGGGGUUACUUGUCCAUGCCGUUCGCACAUAUGGGUGGCGCUUCAUCCCUAAUCAAGUUAUGCCACCUCUCCUAGCGAAUGCUGGAAUUGGAGCCGUCCUUUACACGUCAUAUCUACAAGUCCUUGGCGCUUUGUACGAACCGGCGUCCCAAGGCAUCAAACGCGUAUAUCCACCUGCUCCCCCUUCAAACACAUUUGCAGCUGGGUUUAUAGCGGGUACAAUUCAGUCAGUAGUAGCCGCUCCUCUGGAUGCGCUUCAGGUCCGUCUCCGAGCGAGUGACUUGCUUGAGGGCCCAUACAAGAGCAUGUGGCAUUAUGGCCGCCAUAAACUCAAUCAAAUUGGAGUCCGUGGUAUAUUCGCAGGGUGGGGUUUAUCUUUCACUCGUGACGCUUUUGGUUAUGCAGUAUUUUUCUCUUUCUUCGAGUUCGUGAAGUCGCAGGCCUACUAUUCAUUUCUGACCUGGUACUACGGCUCACGGCGGACUCAUUACGCGGAACAGUUACAGCACAUCCAAUCGAGUGACCGCGGCGUACCGCUCAUAAGGCCACAUUAUGCUCUGGAGCCAUGUUUCUUGAUGGCUGCAGGUGUUGCAGCUUCAGUUGCUCAACAGAGUAUACAGCACCCGCUAAGUGCUAUCCAAAGUCUCCAUGUUGCUCGCCUGGAAUACAUUGACCAUCAAGCGAGUCUUCAUCCUUCAAGACGAGAAAUGCUACGCCUGUAUUACUCUGCAUACCAAGAAACCUUGAAGAGAUGCAGGAGAAAGGCAUCCAGAGCAGGUGGCUGGCGUCGUUGGCUGUUCCGUGGGUUUGCAAGGGACGCCAUCCGUCAAGUACCUAGCACUAGUGCAGGCUUGGUGAUAUUCGAGCUGGUGCGUCGUAAGUACGCUAAUAUGGCAGACGCUGUAUAUAUCCAGAAAGAUGGCUAUGACAUUCUUUUGACAUGA